CAAGAGCCCUCGCGACGCCGGGGUCCUAGAAGGCGCAGCCCGGAGGCUACACGUGUGGGGAGCAUCAUGCCUAAGUCCAAACGCGACAAGAAGGUCUCCUUAACGAAGACCACCAAGAAGGGCCUAGAACUCAAACAGAAGCUGAUAGAAGAGCUUCGAAAAUGCGUGGACAUGUACAAGUACCUUUUCAUCUUCUCUGUGGAAAACAUGAGGAACAGCAAGUUGAAGGAUAUCAGGAGUGCCUGGAAACACAGCCGGAUUUUCUUUGGAAAGAAGAAGGUUAUGAUGGUGGCUUUGGGCCGAGGUGCCGCUGAGGAGUACAAGGACAACCUGCACCAGGUCAGCAAGAAGCUGAGGGGUGAGGUGGGUCUCUUGUUCACCGACAGAACGAAGAAGGAAGUGAAUGAGUGGUUCAGUAAGUAUACAGAAAUGGAUUAUGCCCGGGCUGGGAACAAAGCGACCUUCACCGUCAGCCUGGAUGCGGGUCCCCUGGAUCAGUUCCCCCAUUCGAUGGAGCCUCAGCUGAGGCAGCUCGGCCUGCCCACUGCCCUCAAGAAAGGUGUGGUGACCCUGACCUCCGACUACCAAGUGUGUAACGAGGGUGACGUGCUGACCCCUGAGCAGGCCCGAGUCCUGAAGCUGUUUGGGGUCGAGAUGGCAGAGUUCAAAGUUACCAUCAAGUACCUGUGGCAGGCUGAGUCCGGGAAGUUCGAGCAUGUUGGAGAGAGCGCAGAGAAGGAUGAAUCUGGUGACAGCUCCUCCAAGGAAUCGGAGGACUCGGAGGAGGACGACUAACCGGGGACGGCCCGAGCAGGAGCCCCUCUGCAGGACACAGGCUGUCACCUCGGUGCAGCCUCUCAGAGCGGCUGCCUCCCUUUUCUAAGGGAGGAGAGACUGGCUUGCAGGACUCUCAGGAGGGAGAGGUGCAGGGCACAUGGGACUGUGUUUUUAUAUAGAAUAAAGCGUUGUCAGCGUAGUGGGUGCACCUGGGGGCAAAGGAAAGGAUGUGGCUCCUUGCUGUGAGGGCUAGUGGGGGGGGGGUCUCUGUCCUGGUGCUUCUCUGCCAACCCCACUCGCUUCCCCCUGCUCGGCCUGCCUCCAGACACAUGAUAAGGAAAUGCCAAAGUUGGGAUUUGGGAAGAAGGACGCAACCCCUAGAGAAAGCAGAUCCUGCUGCAGCUGCGAUGAAGCGGUCAGAGCUAGGGAGGACCGAGUGGGGCAGGUUGUCCAGGACUCUGGCAGAGGAACCAAGUGCUCUUAGCAGGAUCCUUCACAGGCAAGGACGUGCCAACAUCAACCAUGUAACAUGU